AGUGAUGACGUAAGCCAGACGUUACCUGCUGUUGUUAGCACGCAUGGCUGCUGUUUGAGCUUCACAGUUUGUUGCUAUCUGACAGUCUGUCCACAUGUCAGAGGAUGAGAAACUUCAUUCCGUUAAAUUGAGUUUUAUUUUCAGCACAUGAUGGCCUGGGUUAAAGCGAUUUCUUACAAUGGAGAGGACGUGUUUGACGAGAGCGCGGAUGACUUUAAUCUGCUCAGUAAAGAGUGGGCAUCCAACAUGAAGAAGCGAGUGAGGGUAAAGCUAAUGUAGCAUUACCUUAACUAACCUGAAAACAACACACUGAUCCGGCUUUACUCUGUUCAUAACACUUUUUAGUUAUCCAUUUAUGAAAGUUGUUCUUUUACAGAUAAAAUCUCUGUCUUCAGAGUUAAAUUUGACCCGCACUCUUUCACCGGUGUUAUGACAGGAUGGGUAUGUGGACGGAGUUGAUGCCGGGGAGGAGGCGACUCUUCAGCUCGGUUUUAACCAGGGACACAGGGAAGGAGCAGCUCAGACUGCAGCUGUGGGCCGCCUUAGAGGAAUAGUGAGGUAAACAUCUAUGUUUCUAUGUAGAUAUCACUUUAUUGGAGCUUUGCUAACUUAGGAUGGACAGCAGGUCUUUGGCAGUAAAUUCAUACCUAUAUGAAUACACAUGGCGAUCUCUGGAGCCCUCGUUCUACGGAGGACGAUUAGGGCCACUGGAAAAAAAAGUACAUUAACCUUAACUAUUAUUAUUCUGAGAAAAAAGUCUGACUUCCGUACUGUUAAUGAGGAGGCUGUAAAGUCUUCUGGUCUAUUUGAUUGUUACCUUGCAUCUUCUGUAAUCUUUUGGCGGUGAUGACUUACCAAACGGCUUCACAAGUUCUUCUGACAAUGUCUCCAGGUUGGUUUUUGUCACUUUCUGACCCAAGAUUCAUCCACACAUCAAAAUUUAAAAACUGUAGGAGCAUCCUCAAUGUCAAAAUUAGCUCUCAAGUCUCCACUUAAUGUCAUGUUAAUGUUAUACCUUGUUUGAGCUGCAAAAACACAAAACAAACACAGUAAUAGUUAGGGGUGGGAGAAAAAAUGAAAUCACAUAUGUAUGGGUUUUUUGUGUUUUACAUUUUUUAAAUAGAUUUUUGUGAUCAAAAUUCUAACCCCCAAUCAGCCGGUCAGCCAUGUUUAAAACUUUAAAAAUUCAACUGUGAUACAAAAAAAAAUAAAUGCCGCAAUAUCGCAGGACAGGAAAACUUCGACGAUGUGAACCCUUGUAUUGACAGGAUACGGGUUCGAAAAAAAAUAUUGACCUCUGAAAUAAUAGAUCCCGGUGUAUAAGGACCUUAAAUCUUAAAAACUGACUCACAUGUGAUGUGUAUUUUUUGGGGAAAUAUGGCUCCUGGAAAAGUCAGUUGACAAUCAUAAUCAUUUAACUGUUUCAUUGGUGUUAAAAAUGCAGCCAAAAAAUUAAGAAAAUCAUCAAUAUCGUAGAAUCGCAAUUUAAAUCGAAUCGGCAUCCAAAAACUGUAGAAGAAUCGAAUCGGGAGAAAAGCAUAUCGUUGCAGCCUUAGUAAUAGUGUGAUCUGAUCUUGAUAAUGUUGGUAGCCACAGCAUGGUAAGCUUUUGUUCUUGUCACAGUGGCCAGUCUAUUAUUCUGUUUUCUAGAUCCUCAGAGAAAUAUCCUGUUGUCUUAGGAAACCAUUAUUGUACACACUGAGAUGAUAAAAUCAAGCAUUUUAUUUCGUCAAAUAACUAAACAUUUAGAAACAAACACUUAUGUGGGAAGUGAAAAUGUAAUGUGUGGAUUCAGGUCUACUUGCAGCUUCCAUAUAGAACCCUUUAUUUAAAAAUCCUUUGAGCACAGUUGAAAUAAAACAACUGACUCUUUACUGCCAGUAAGUUGUGUGAAUUUUGCUGCCACACAGUGGUCACUGCUAAAUUUGUAUUAAAAGUGUAGGAACGUGUGUCUGCCAAAGGCUGCGGUUUUGUUUAAGCAAAUUAAAAAGGCCAAACAUUUUAAUGAAGUCAGCUUUGUGGCCUUUUAAGUCUGAUAUCAAAUGUCUGUAAUUAAGGUUUACAUUGCAACUAAAAGGAAGGAGUAAUAGACACUUUUCUGUCAACAUACAUUUAUGAUAUUUUAAAAUUCAAACGCAGCGGUUUAAAAUAAAAGCAAAUUAGACUUCCCUUUAUUCCCUCCCAGCUUAGAUAAGUCACAUAUCCACAGUGUUGUUUUCUGUCUCAUUCCUGCACAGAAACAUCCUGAGUCUCUAUUGUUCUGCUCAUUAUGGAAGACUCUUUUCAGUCCCAGAGCCUUUGUAUAAUACGACACUGUGUCCUCUUUGUGUCCCUCUUCACAGCGCUAUAUGCUGCUGGUGCCAGAUCCAGCAUCCGGAAAGCCCUGUCCCAGUCUGUGUGACCAGCCUCCUGCAGCAGGUGACACAGCACGAAGACAGAAUCAUGGCAGGCAUCAGGGACGCUUUGGAGAACCCUCCUCCCAGCGUGAGCGUCGUCUCUGAGAGCAUGGAGGAUCUGGAGGUGGAGCAGGCGGAUUCAAAGUGCUGUGGAGGAGGAGGAGGGUGUAAAGACACAGGCUGCUGCAAGGAGGGUGAAAAAAUUGACCUGGGUGCUCCCUUACCACAGAAAAAACCUUUUUCAGGGUCUACAGACUGCUCCUCAAGCUCAAGUGAAAGCCUGGACCUCCUCAUGCAGCGCUGCAUAGAUGUUGUGUUAGAGCUCGGACUCCCACAGGAGCUGAUCAGCUGCAUCCAGGAGCUGUAGAAUGUGUAGUGGCUGAAAGUCAGGGACCAGAUUCACUUCUUGUGUCAACAACAGUCACAAGAGGUUUUGAUGAAGAUUUUGUACAAACUGAGACGAAGUAUUUUUGUAUUAUAUGAUGAAGAUUAUUCGCUUUAUGGUUUCAAAUGCCUGACCUCAUUUUUAGAUGAAAUAAAAGCCCCUCAUUUAUCAUGUG